AUGCAAUACGACCCUGCCAACUUGAGCCACGUCUCAUACUCGCGUACCUCUGCGGACUGGACCAAUCCCAUAUGGCUACGUAAAAUCACGCGAGGCAGAGCAAAUCCACACGUACUCUCACUUCAACUCAUCCACCCUGCCAUAGUAUGGAUCCAUGAUGGAAAGCCCAUGCAGCCUAGCUGCAAUGCGCCAGGCUGUCUCGCAGAACUCGCCAAAGCUACCAAGAUUGACGUUCUGAUCGAUGAUAACUUUCUUCAUCCGGAUUGGAAAGCACUGUUCCUGCGCUUCGUCGCACACACUGCAGAAUUCGACUCGUUCGGAGUUGAAUACAACCGAACACAUACGCAAGCGGACUGGCGCUUCUUCGCCCCGAUUGAGAUCGAGGGGGGGAAAGAAGAUCGUUAUUGCGAUGAUGCUGCACCGCCUCCGUACGCUGAUAACCAAGCCUCAAAGAAGCGGCCUGCACAGGCAAUAAGCCCUAGAUCCCCACUUUCACCAGCCCCAAAACGCAUCUUUGUAGGCCAAGAAAAGAUAUCCUUUGAUCGCGGAUCCACCACCGAACCAAACACACCCACCACUAUCGAUGAGUCUCCCCACCCGAACCCCAGACUCAUCGAUCCACCUGCUCGCUCGCCGACGCCAACGCCAACACCUAGCCCUACACACUUGCAGCACGCACUCGUCCAUUGUAUACGAAAUCUUCCAACUUCUGUACUCGUAAACUUCAUAUCGACAAUGUUGACGGCACCUACAAUCCUCGAAAUGAUCACCUCCUCCAUAGCCCCCGACGUCCUCUCCACCCUCAACGACCAGGUUGAUGACUGCGUGGCCGAGGCCCACGUUAAGCUGCGUGAAGACAUUGAUGAUGUGCGGCUGGACCUGAAUAUGUGGGGGAAUUGA